AUGCCAGGCCGAACUGCACUCCCGACGGAAAGUCGUUUCCGUCGUGCCUUAUACGCACUCCCAUUCCUCGCCAUAACGGCUCUCAUGACACGAGCAUUCGGAAUGGCUGAACCCAUUGGUCCUACUAUUGAAGAAAUGGUGAAAACUUCUGUUUUUAUUGGCCCCGGGUUCAAUGUUCCGAUCAUAAAAGGCUUCUAUGGUAUCCCGGUUCUGGAUGACAUUUUUGAUGUCGUCACCUCUGCGUUUGUUCAUCUUCAGUUCUAUUUCGAUGAGAAAGCGUAUUGGCAAUCGUUGGUGUUUCUGACCGAUUUCGCGGGGAUGUAUGCUGUUGUUCAGCUUGAGUCUUAUAGACCGGGGAACACGUUUCCUAUUUCCAAAUACCCCGUUGUCUUUUUGUUCGUUUCUCAGAUAAUCGCCAUCGGAUGCACUGCGCCUAUCUUCUUUUUCCUGGCUUAUAUCUUUACACCUGCAUAUAAGCUCACGACCCCAAGUCUCGGCCGUCUCAGCGUUGGACCUUGCAAGGCUAUUUAUGCAGCAGUCAUAUUAGGUUAUUAUCUUCCCCACUUCCCAUCUUACUUCAACGACUCCCUCGAAAACAGAAACUGGUGGAAUUGGAUCUGGCAGUUGUUCCCUGUCUGGUGCUGCAGUAUCAUGUUUGUUUUGUCCAAGGUCCUCGCUCGUAUGAACAAGUCCAAUGGGAAACUCAAUUCUGAGCGUGACGCGCUUCGAAUAUUGAUAGGAGCUUGCAGCUUCAUAAGCAUGGCAGCAUGGUGGUGUACUGUCGCCUUUAUGAGUGAUUCGGUGUUUGAGGUCUUCGUACCACAGUACCUAAUUAAUUACCCCCAAGAUCCAAGCGUCGGAUUGCGGACCGUCAUCCAGUUCGAUUACAUCUGCUGUUAUGCGGCAGGCUACCUGUGGCUGGCCUAUCACUUUCGAGAUCUCGAAAAAGUUGGAGUUUGCAGUAUUUCUUGGGUCCGAGCUAUCGGUGUUACUGUCGUGUUGGGUUUUGUGGUGGGACCGGGUACAUUGUUUCCCAUUCUUUGGCUGUUGAGGGAGGAGUUGUUGAUCGCAGCUAAUGUGGAGGUCAAGGAAUCUCAUGAUUGA